UACACACCGCGGGACACUGCCUUUCGGCGACUCAUGGCUCACAGCAGACCAGCAGCUCCAAUGAGUCUGCGCCUCUGCACUGUCCCCUCUUUCUCACUCUUCACAAUCAUUCCGUUUGCUUACCUGCAUUUCGUGGUUGUUCCCAAGGAAUCCUUUAUUCCGCUCUCAGUCUGUGUAUUGUUUUUGUGUAAUCGCAUUGACUGUUGUUGUGCCGUGACUUUGUAGUUUAUUAUCAUUUUAUUUUGUGUAGUUUGGGGAGGCUGUUGGGCCCUGUGAUGUUGGUGAGGAGUGUGCACGACGGGGUUGAUUCUUGUAUCCUCUACGAUCCUUGAAGGUUCUGAGAGAAUAGUGUUUCUGAACUGAAACGGUUGUGGAUUCGGGCGGAGCAGUCAAGCGAAGCAGUUGGAACUCUGUACUGUUAAAGUGACACAGGGACUGCCCGAUUCAUGCAAGGUUGGAACUGCGCUGGUACUCAUCUCGUUCUGUGGACCCCGAUCUUUUGAAACAGGAGUCGAAGAGUAGCAUGUUGUUCCAGUAUUCUGUUUUCAAGUAUGCCGACGAACUCGCCGAUGUGAGUCCUUCAAGUUUCCAACUAAGUGAAGUAGAAUCCGUGGACUUAUCGGAACUGUCCUGGCACUGGGACAUAGCCUAGUAGCUGCAAUAUUCAUUGAGUUCUCCGAUGGUCGCUACCAACUUCAGCAAUACAAACUUGAAGGCUAAGCAAACUUGCCCAAUGGAGAUGUUGGACGUAAGUGCGGACUUGAGUAGGUGUCCUAAGUCGCCAGUCUCUUCAAACGACCGCAAACGAAGUUUCUUAUCUGUGGAAGAUCAUGAACAUAAAGCGAAAAGACGUUCUGCGGAUGUCUCGGCAACGGGCUUGUCUUCAUCUCCUACUACGCUGGUCUCCCCAAAUGUGAGAAAUACACCACUCGCAUCGACCAAUGGUGGAGUGCAUACCUCCUCCUACUCUGAUGCCGGAUACGGACCUUACGCAUCAAAGAUCAACUCGAUUGAGAAAUCGAGUCUUCCCAGCUACGAUACCGGGCUCAUGGAUCAAGGGUAUCCAGGUCAUUAUGAUGACAUAGGUCGGAGGAAUACUGAAGACUUUCCAUCAAUACCGCUGUGCAUACCUCCACCAACGAAGCAGAACAGAUUCAACCUGUCGAGGUAUCAAUUGGGUGAUGACGAGGAUUUGUUUGCUACCAUUUCCCAACCUGUAGCAAUCAGUGAAGAGGAUAAACCAAGCAGAUUUAAGUCCCAAAGAGAAAGGCUCAUGAUGGCGAGAUCACAAGAAAGUGAAGAAUCUGGCAGUACUUGUCCUGAAUUUUAUGAGACCAACCUAUCGCUUGCAGCUGAGGGUUCUUCAUCACAAGACAGUUUCAUGUCGCAGAGGGAGAGACUAAGGCGGUUCAGUAACGAGCAAUGCCGAAGUGUGGUGAUCCCUAAUCAAUGGGGCGGUGAGACGAAAUUACAAGAGUUUGUGGCAUUCGGUAACAUUGAAGAUGCCCUGCGCCCUUUGGGUUUGAUGAUGGCGCGAGCCGCUCUGGUGUCAGAUUCCGUUAACACCAGACAUCGUCACUCUUCUUCGUCAGGACGAUCAUAUACCAGUCUUAGCAACCCCGUGACAUCAUGAUCGGAUGUUGAGUGUAGAGCUUCAGUAGAUUAACUGUUAUGUUGAGUGUACAUGGUUGUACCCGUCACUGAUGAACGUGCGCGAAGUUCGAAAUAGAGAGCGCACAGAGAGUUUAGCAUGUGAGCAUUCUCUGUAGCAUAUUACAUUUUGAGGGAAGUCCAUGUUUCAUUUGUCGACAAUUUUUCUCUGACGUGACGCAAUUUGAUCAUGUCACCCAAACUAUGAUUAUAAAUCGUGCGAAGUGUAUAUACAAGGUGGUCAAAUCACCUCAACAUUGGUUAGUAAAUUCUGAGAUUGUUCAUUGGGAA